AACAAUUUACUUCUUAGAGGUGAACAAGUCUGUACUUUAGAUGAUAAACCUUGAAAAAUUAACAUAGAGGUGAAAACACAUCUGAAAGUCAAACGAAAAUGUUUACAGCACACCAUUUCUUAACAAAAUGUUGACAAAUGCAGACAAAAAUCACUACCAUCGCUCAGUAAGACUAAUACAAAUCGAAAAAACUAGUGCACAAUGUGGAUUCCAUCUCACUAGAAGCAAAUGGGACCCUUACCCUUGGGUGAGCAGCGUAGACAACGACAGCGCAGCUUCUUCGUCGGGUGUAAAGACCGGUGACUGUGUGAUAGAAGUCAAUGGAGAAGAUAUUCUAGGAAAAAGGAUAUCAGAAAUAGCGGAAAUCGUUAAGUCCAAACCUGAACAAGUUUCACUUUUGCUUUGGAAUGCUGAUAUCGAUGCUCACUGUACGAACGAGAAUUUAUGCUGUGGUCCUCUUCCAAGACAGCUUCAGAAGUUAUCCUCAUGUUUAACUACAAUUCUAGCAUUUCUUGAGUGUCCUGUAUGUUUGGACACCAUCUCUUGUCCUACGUAUCAAUGCGAUAAUGGGCAUUUAAUAUGUAUAAAAUGCAGAUCCAAGACAGAGCGGUGUCCUGUAUGUAGAAUUAGACUUCACAGGGGAAGAUCUCUAAUGGCAGAUCAUGUGUUUACUGCAAUAACAGAUAUAUUCGCCCCUUAUGAAGAAACCAAAGAAGCAAGAGUAGCAAAUAUUCAAAAAAUAUUUAAAAGGAAAGACAAAAAUAAAGCCAUACCAGAUAUAACAGUUACAGAGUCAUACACCAACAAGUUAAUUUCAAAAAUAGCUGGUAAAUCAUCUUCAGCAGACAAUCUUUCGACUACGUCUAAGUACUUAACCAUAGAUGAUGCGGUGGCUGAUAGAAAUUCACAAUUAAAAGUCAAGUCUCUUUCUGUUAAUGAGAUUUUUAGAUCACACACACCUUCAUUAAGUAGAAAUGGUUCUAGACUAGAUAAGACCUACCUUAGCAUAGAGAACACCAGAAAAACUGAUGAACGACCCUUAUCAUUUCAUGGAUCAUUUGAAUCUUUGGGGCGACAGACAGAUUUCAUUUCACCUUUAUGUAGUAGUUUUAAUUCUUUAGAUGUGGCAGUUACAGGCGGAAAUCCAAUUACUUCUUAUUAUUGCCCGUUUCUAAAUAGUUGCUCUUCAGUACUAAAAGCCACUAGCCUGUUUGAACAUUUUGUAAAGAAUCAUAGCGAGACUGGACCAUUGGUUCAGUACUUUGCCGACAAUUUGAAUCUAUAUUUAAGAGAUUUUCACGACAACCAAGAAUAUUGCUAUACCUUGUUGACACUAGGACAAACAUUCUUUUUAAAAGUCAAAUUAUUUAAUGAACCAGAACUUAAAAGACACAUUUUGUUUGUUUUAAGCGCUUCCAACAUUCUGAUCUGGGUAUGGCAUCUAGGCUGUGAAAAGUCUUCAAGAAACUACGAAGUUCAAAUUGAAAUAAGAAAUAUGUUAACACAAGAUGUUCUUCUAGGAGCUCGAAGUUCAGCAUUUUCGUUAAAUUCCGUAUCACCUCAAGAGAUUGAGGAAUACAAGAAGGGUGUUUAUUUGAGCUACAAAAGUAUGGAAUCUUUAGGUUUUCAUUCAAGUCAGUUACUGGUAAAAAUGUCGAGUUUUGAAGAUGAAUAACUGUAAAUACGCUUUAUAUAAAACUAUGUAGUUUAUAUUUAUUAAAAUAAAAUAAGAAUAAAAUACCAUUAAAAUAUUUAUA